UAUUUACAUUAUUUUGCCGCCAUUUGUCGGCUGGAAGUCGAUGUUUUCAACAUCAUUGACAAUUACGUAGUAUUUUUUAGCGAUCGGAAGAGUGCAAUGCAAUAUCCAUAAUGUAUAUUAAGCAGGUGAUAAUUCAAGGCUUCCGGAGUUAUCGAGAUCAAACAGUUGUUGAGCCUUUCAGUCCAAAGCAUAAUGUCAUUGUCGGAAGAAAUGGUUCAGGAAAGAGUAACUUUUUUUAUGCCAUCCAGUUUGUCUUGUCGGAUGAGUUUAGUCAUAUGCGUCCAGAACAACGGCAGGCAUUGCUGCAUGAAGGAACGGGACCUCGAGUUAUAACUGCAUUUGUGGAAGUAAUUUUUGACAACUCUGAUAAUCGAAUUCCGAUAGAAAAAGAUGAAGUUGUAUUACGACGUGUUAUUGGCUCCAAGAAAGAUCAAUAUUUUCUGGAUAAAAAGAUGGUCACAAAAACAGAUGUAAUGAAUCUGUUAGAGAGUGCUGGGUUUUCCCGAAGUAACCCAUACUACAUUGUCAAGCAGGGAAAGAUUAACCAGAUGGCCACAGCGCCAGAUUCUCAACGACUCAAACUUUUACGAGAAGUAGCUGGCACAAAGGUUUAUGACGAACGCAAAGAGGAAAGUAAAGGCAUUCUUCGUGAAACAGAGGGUAAAAGAGAAAAAAUCAAUGAUCUUUUAAAGUACAUCGAAGAACGUCUCAACACACUAGAGUCCGAAAAAGAGGAGCUGAAAGAAUACCAGAAAUGGGACAAAAUGCGGAGGUCUUUGGAGUACACAAUUCAUGAUCAUGAACUUAAAGACACUCGCAGAAAACUGGAUGAGUUACAAGAAAAGAGAGAAAACAGCGGAGCCCAAGCACAGCAACUACGUGACCAACAGCAGCAAGCUAAUGACAAGGUCAAGGCACUUAAUAAGGAGCUAAAAGAAGCAAAGCAACGGAUGCAAAGUCUGCUAGAAGAAAGGGAUGCUUUGGGCUUAGAGAACCAAGAAUUGAUGAAGAAAAAAGCCAAGCUAGAACUGGACAUCAAGGAUAUUCAGGAUGAAAUGGAGGGCAACACUAAUCUCAGGAAAAAGGCAGAAAGUGAGCUUCAGAAGGUUACAGAUCGCAUACAGCAGACUCAAGAACAGUUGGAGGCUGUCACCCUGAAGUAUGAGCAGAAGAAAGAACAGGAAGAAGAUCUUUCUGCUGCUCUACAGGCAGCAGAACAGAAACGUAAAGACCUCUACGCCAAACAAGGACGAGGAAGUCAUUUCACUUCUCGAGAAGAUCGGGAUGCCUGGAUCAAAAAAGAGUUACGAUCCCUGAAUAAGGCCAUCAAAGACAAAGAAGAUCAGAUACGCCGCCUGCAAGAAGAUACAGGCCAAGAUGAGAACAAGGUUACUCAAUUAAGAGAAACCAUUGAGAGAACUACAGAAAAUCUUGAAAAGCACAAAGAGCUUAUAGAACAGAACAAUAAGGUUCUGGAUGAAUUCAGGGUCCAGAAGGAUGCUCUUCAAAAUGAGCGCAACAUGUUAUGGCGAACAGAAAAUGCUUUGCAACAACAACUAAAUGCAGUGCGUGAAGAGCUGAGCAAGAAAGAGCAAGGUCUCCGGUCCCUGACGGGCAAGGCCUUGUUGAAUGGUAUUGACAGCGUCAACAAAGUACUACAGAACUUUCGUGACCAGAACAAAUUUCCAGAUGUGGUAGCAGGAUAUCAUGGCAUCUUAAUUGAAGUGUUUGACUGCGAGAAGACAUUUUUCACAUGUGUUGAAGUCACUGCUGGUACAAGGCUGUUUCACCAUAUCGUGGAUACAGACAAGACAGGUACACAAAUCUUGAAGGAGAUGAACCGUCUUGGAUUGGCAGGAGAAGUGACGUUUAUGCCACUGAACCGUCUAGACAACCGUGAUACACAUUACCCAGACACCAGUGAUGCAAUCCCCAUGAUCAGUAAGCUAAAGUUCGAUGAGCUUUUUGCACCAGCCAUGAAACACGUUUUUGGCAAAACACUUAUUGCCCGCAACAUGGAGGUUGCUACACAGAUUGCUCGCACACAGAACUUGGACUGCAUCACUUUAGAUGGUGAUCAGGUGAGCAGACGUGGGGCAUUAACAGGUGGUUACUAUGAUACACGAAGGUCCCGACUUGACUUGCAGAAGUCGAAGCUGGAACUACAGAGGUCACUUCAAGCACACGAACAGGAGUAUGAGACCCAUCGUGCAAAGAUGGAAGAGCUUGAGGCCCAAAUUACUUCUCUUGUGUCAAAAAUGCAGACCACAGAAACCAAAAAUAGUAAACACAAAGAUAACUAUGAGAAGAUGCAAGCUGAGAUUCGACUAGCUAAAGAGGAGCUUGUCUCAUUGGAGAGAGCAAAACCCUCAAGGGGCAAAAGUGUGAGCAGUCUUCAGGCCAGCCUACAGGCCAUGCAGGGUCAGGCACAAGCAUUGAAAGAGGAGCUUGGCACUGACUUGCAGUCUCAGCUAACCAUGGAUGAUCAGCGAGAGGUUGAUCGCCUCACUGACCAGAUUACACAGCUGACUCAGCAGAACAGGGCCACGUGGCAAGAGCGUAUUCGGCUUGAAGGAGAAAAGAACAAACUAGAAAACUUGUUGAACAACAACUUGACCAAGAAACGUGAGCGAUUAUUAGCCGACAUGCAAGAAGCAUCACUGGAAGAGCGAAAUCGAAGACUAAAUGCUCACAAUGAAGAGCUACGGAUCGCUGAUAAACGGCUUUCAGAAAUACGGACUCAGAACAAAGAGCUGGAUGCUUCUAUAGAAAAGUUCAACAAGCAACAGAAAGAAAUGCAAACAAAUUUAGAGCACUGGAAGGGCCAAGAACGUGAAAUCCAAGAGAAGAUACAAGAGGACGCCAAAGACUUAGAGAAAAUGACAAAUAAACAGAGUUUGCUUCUGAAGAAGAAAGAGGAUUGCAUGCGUAAAAUUCGUGAACUAGGAUCUUUACCAAGUGAUGCUUUUGAAAAGUAUCAAGACUUCAGUCUUAAACAGCUGUUCAAGAAGUUGGAGCAGUGUAAUGCGGAACUUAAGAAGUACAGUCAUGUCAACAAAAAGGCCUUAGAUCAGUUUGUUAACUUCUCCGACCAAAAAGAGAAGCUUAUUAAGCGGAAGGAAGAGCUAGAUCGGGCACAUGAGUCCAUUGUUCAUGACCUUAUGGAUGCUCUUGACCACAGAAAAUAUGAAGCGAUUCAGCUGACCUUCAAGCAGGUUUCUAAGUACUUCAGUGAAAUCUUCAAGAAGUUAGUACCACAGGGUCAUGCUGUUUUGGUCAUGAAGAAAGGAGAGGCAGACCAGCAGGGAGAGGAAGAUGGUCAGUCAUCAGUGCCCCUUGUGGAGCAGUUCACUGGUGUUGGCAUCAAGGUGUCUUUCACUGGCAACAAAGCUGAGAUGCGAGACAUGCAACAACUCUCUGGAGGACAGAAGUCCUUGGUGGCCUUGACCCUCAUCUUUGCUAUUCAGAAAUGUGACCCAGCACCUUUCUACUUGUUUGAUGAGAUUGACCAGGCUCUUGAUGCUCAGCACAGGAAGGCUGUGGCAGACAUGAUCCAUGAGCUGUCUCAGGAAGCACAGUUUAUUACUACCACGUUCAGGCCAGAACUAUUGGAACAUGCAGAUAAAUUCUAUGGUGUCAAGUUCAGAAAUAAAGUUAGUCAUGUAGAAUGUGUGACCAAGGAGGAAGCAAAGGAUUUUGUAGAAGAUGAUACAACACAUACAUGAGUGUAGACAGCAUACUUUGAGCAUUUCAACACCUCUUGCUCUCUAGACAGUUUUACAGUUGUAAUAUAGCUUUCUUUGGCCAUGUUGGAGGACAACUGCUUCCCAGAGUUCAAGGUGUGUUGGUUUUGAUACCAUUCUUGCCAGAUACAGCAAAUUCUAUUAAAUGGAACUGCUGUUGAUUUUGUCAUCUUAGAAUGUGUUUGUGUCUUCCUGACACUAGCAGCAACAAUAAAAUAUUGACUGUUGUUUGCUGUCCUAAUGCAAAAAAAACAAAACAAACAAAACGGGACAAGCAGUGGUAAGAAAUGCAGAAAUGUUCAUCCUGUGGUGGUUUGGGCUGAUGCAUGUGGUCUAAUGUUCAUGACUAAGCUCUUCAAGUUUAACAUCAGUUCAAUAUUGUUUACAGGGCGUCAUUCAGAGUAGUGGAUUGAUGGUGAAUGCAACUGUUUUAAUUAAAAUUAAAAUUAAUAGUUUUAAGUUUUUGCAUAUUUGACUCCUGUUCAAUCCCUUUUCUUUUUUCUUUUUUUUUUUGUGUUUUUUUUUUUUUGUUUUGAAUGGUGGACAGGGGUUGGCCCUUUGGAUGACUGAGGAAUGUUACAGUGUGGAUGAUCUUGUCCAGCUUGUCAUCUGUGUCUGUCAUGAGUGUGUAUUCUCCAAACAGUUAAAAGGCAGCAUCUAAGGGCAUGGAAAUUUAAAGAAUGUUUCUUGUUAUAUGGGAAGAUGAUAAUGCAAACCAGUUUGUGUGCAGCUGAAGUGCAUUUGAAACAUGUAUUUAUAUGAAGAUAGUCUCUCAUUUUUUGAGAAAAUGAAUACAUCACAUCGUGUUACUAUUUUUGAAAGUUUUCAUUUUAAGGUUUCAAUUUUUUUUUUUAAUUUUGUGGGCGGCAACGCUUGAAAGGAUAUAACUACUUGAUCACGUUAUUUGUAUGAUUGAUUUGUUGGGUGUGUUGACAAAUGAUAAGCUUGUUUGGGAAGAUUGGGCUUGUUCUAAUACAGCAUUCAUUAAUUUAUGCUGGUUUGUUGCAAGCAGUUAGUGUGUAUCUUUGUAAAUAACUUCAUGUGGAAAGCUAUUUGUUAUGGCUUUGAUUGGCUGGCUGUGGGUAUGAACUAGUAUAUGUGUGGCACAAAAGAAGAAUUUUUAACAAGGUGUUUUUCUCCAGCAUAAGACUUUUUUAUUGCAGAAUUCAGAAAGGAUACUUGAAAUAUUUAACAAGAACAAUGAAAGAUGUACAUAAAGAGAAAGAAUUUUUAUCAUUGAAAUCUUUCACUAUAUAUUCAUAAGACUACAUAUAUUCAUAGACAUUAUUCUUAAUGAGCUCAUGCUUUUGCUAAUUUCCUUUGGCAGUCUGUAGCGGAAUUUGGUAAAAACUGAAAGAUGCUAGAAGUCAUAGGUGCUCCAUAAUGUACAUUUAUUCAAAUUCCAAUGUUUGUGAUGGGAGUGGUAAUUCCACAACUAGCAAACUUGAGAGCAGUGUUUAAGUAUGGUGAAACUGUUGUGAGUUAAUGGAUUGGUUUGGCAUGUAUGAUGCACUGUGUGUGCAGUAUGUUUUCUUGCUUUGUGGCGUGUAGAAAUAGCUGUUAAGUGCAUGUUGCUCUUCGUUUCAAAGUGUAACUUUAAUUUGACACAUAUGUUGCCGCAUAGAAAGGAUCUGUACAUUUUUUUCCAUGGAUGUAUAUGCAUUGUCUGUGCUUAUUGAAUGUACUGUCUCUCACUCACACAUACAUGCACAUAGAGCAUUAAAAAUGUAUUUAGACAUAAUAGUUGAUACAGUUUAUGUUACACACUAAACAGCCGUUCAUCUGACAAAUUUGUGGACUAGUUUCUCUGACUAUUGUCAUCAUAUCUUCAAGAUCAUUGCUUUUGUCUGUCAAGUCACUGUUUUAUCUCUAGAAAAGCAAUAAUGUCAUUCAUUUGUGGAUUCAGUAACAAAAGAUUUCUAUGAACCAUGUCUCUUUUUGUGGCUACAUUUUUCCAGAAGUGACAGACAUUGCUUUCAUAUAUAAUGCCCAACUCAAAUUUUUAAAAAGUAUUUAUACAAAUACUUCAUACUGUGAUUGAUGGUUUAAUCAUAGGCUGAUAUCUAGAUCUGCAUUGAGCAGGCACCUCUUCAUCAAAACUUAAAUGGAAGCUAUGUGGAAAUGUAAAUAACACAACCCCUUUUUUGCCAUUGUGCAUCGGGUUUAUUUUAGCCUUGCUGGUAGCAUUUCCUUUCUUUGUUGAAAUGUAAAACUGUCAAUGGCUUGCUAGAAUCUAAAAGUCUUGAGUGAUUCCUGUACUCACAUACUAAUACACCACAUAUACACACACAUGUAUAAAUGCAUAUAUGUGGAAAAUAAGUCUGUCAGAAUGAAUGCUGAGAAAUGAUUCAGUAAGAACGAUUCAUACUCAGAACUAACAUUGGUUAUAUUCUGAGUGCAUUGAAUAUUUUGUUUGAUUUGAAUUUAGGUUUGCUUUCUAGAAAAAUUAUUCAUGCACAAGAAAAACUAAUGUGUCCACAAUCAUGUUACAUCCCUGUACUACUAUUUUGUUUUUUUUCCAGUGUAUUUUUGGAUAGCCAUGUCAGUUUUUGUCUUUGUUAUCCUUCCAGCUCCCUCUCUUGUUCAUUUACUUUUUAUUUAUUGUAUGGGUUUUUUUUUUCUAUCUCUCUCAAUUAUCAAACUUUAAAGAUGAGUUUUAGUACUAUGCUGAUGCUUGAAAAAUAGAAUUCUUUUAUAACAUAUUCUCACUUUUUAAAAAAAAGGAAUUCAUUGAUGUGUGGUUGCCAAAGAAACAGACAAAUUCAUUGACCUGUGGUUGUCAAGCACAAAAUCCCUGGGUUCUGUUUCAUUUAUGUUUCCUUCCCAUACACACUAAAAGUAAACUAGUUUUACAAAGAGGUACUUUGUAAGGUGGGUAUUUUUUGUGUUUUGUUUUUGUUAUCCCAAGAGAAAUUUUACAAAUUUCCAUGAAAGAAUGUAUAGUCAUCUGCAUCUGACAAGGUGAUUUUUUUUUUUUUUUUUUUUUUGAAAAGUGAUUGUUCAACAUUGUGGAUUCUAAUCUAGUAUAAAAAAAAAUUAUAGAAAAUUAAUCUUCAUAGUGAUAACCGCAAACAGUUCAUUAUGUAGACCUCACGCUUGUUUGCGUGGUGUAUUUCAUCUGCUUCUGAUUCCUGGUGAAAGUAAGAGUUGAUUGGACCUUUCAGCAUGCUUUUCUAUGCCACCAAUACAUAUGUGUUCAUAUUUUAAGAACUUAGAGGUGCAUGUGUGAUGUGUACACCUGUAUAGACACCGGAUUUGUGCAUAGAUUAAGAAGAUGCAUCAUUCAUUGUUUACGGAUUUGUUUUGGCAAAGAUACUUGAAGAUCUGCAUCUAUUUUAGUUUGCUGAAUAGGUUUUAGUGGAUAAAAGAGAUCGUAGACGACACCAGAUUUCGACACCAUCUUAUGAGAUGGUUUCCUUGGUUUAUUCUGAUGCCUGGUAAGUUGCCCAGUUUGGUCAAUUUUAAAUUCAUUUAUACUUUCUUCUGAAUUCUUGUUGUCUAUAACUUCUUAAAGCACACCAUCUUUGUUGUGUACAGUUUUGUAUUUUCAUUGCCAUAACAGGUUCCUGUUCUAUGUUUGUAUUAACAGUUGAUGUUUAUCACAAUAAAGAAUAUAGUGACGAAAAUAG